AUGAAGCUUGAAUAUUUACCUAAUGAAAUAAUACUUGAAAUAUUCGACUAUCUUAAUGCUAUUCAUCUAAUUCAUGCUUUCCAUAAUGUAAAUUUACGAUUAAAUAAACUACUCGAUAUAUCUUUUCAAUCGUAUUGUUUGGAUUUUCGAUCUAUAUCAAAAUAUGAUUUUAAUAUUAUCUGUCAACAACAUCUUCCAUCAAUCAUCGAUAAAGUUAGUUCACUUCAUUUAGCUGAUGAUGAUGAAACACCAAAUCUUCCGAAAAUUUUGCUUUCGAAUAUUUUUACUCUUAGUCGAUUUACUCAUUUGAAAGCACUAUCACUUUAUUCAAUACAAUCUCUUGAUUUAUUAAAUGAAAUCAUAUUACAAUGUCAUUAUAUAACACAUCUUAAAUUAAUUCAAUGUUUUUAUGAAAAUAAAGAAUGUCAAUUGAUUAAUAAUAUUUGGAGUCUACCAAAACUAAUAGAUUGUCAUAUAGAUGGUAUUAUGUUAAAAGGAAUAUGCUUCUCGGAACUAUCAAUUAAAUCAUUAUCCAUAAAAUAUCUUUCUAUAAAAAAUAUUAUUUGUAAUAUUCCUUAUUUAUCUUCAGUCUUUCAACAAACACCUUGUCUUCAACGACUAUGUACUACAAUUGCAUGUACUGAAAAAAUUGAAAAACUUCCAGAUUCGAUUCCAUUAUUAACGAAAUUAACUCUUUCAUAUCAUGGUUCAAUAUUAUCAAUGAGAAAUAUUUUUCAACAAAUGUGUAAUUUACAUACAUUAACAAUUAAUACAUCAUAUUUAUUAUCAGAUGGAAGUGAAUGGGAAAAUAUUCUUGUUGAUUAUUUACCAAAAUUGAAAUAUUUUCGAUUAAAAAUGUCUUUUCAAUUACCUGAAAGUAAUAAUCUCGAUAUUACAGUCGAUGAAUUAUUAAAUACAUUUCGAACAGAUUUUUGGAUAAAGAAACAUCAAUGGUUUGUUCGAUGUGAUUGGAAUACAUCCGAUCCAUUUAAUAAUGCUAUAUUGUAUACUUUACCAUAUUUAUUUGAUGAUUUUCAUUUUAUAAAUGAAUCAUGUUCAAAAUCAACAUAUUCCGAUGAAAAACAGUAUUGUUCAUAUGAUCAUGUAAAAAGUCUUCAGUAUGAAAAUAGUAUAUCAAAUCAUUCGGUUUCUAUUCCGAUUGUAUUUUUAAAUAUUACACAUCUUGAUAUAAUGCUUCCAUUUAAUGAAAAAUUAUUACGCAAUAUUCCAUCAUUAAAUCAUUUAAAAUCACUUGAUGUUACUUUAUUAACUGGAGAGUCUACUUAUCAUCAAUUACAAUUAUUACUGAAUCGAGCACCUCAUCUACAUAUAUUAAGAUUUUCUCAUUUAUCGGAUUUAGAAAUGAUCCUAUUUAAAAUAACAAAUACAUCAGUUCGUCGAUUAGAUUUUUUUACGAAAGAAUCGAUGUUGUAUAGUUGGUAUUUCAAUGAAGAUCAGUGUAAUGUAUUAGCUAAUUCAUCAUUAGGACAACAAUGUCAGACACUUAUUAUUGAUAUUAUACGUCGAACAAAUGUAUUAUAUUUAAUUAAUAAUAUGAGUAAUCUUCGAUCAUUAACUUUUCAAUGUAAAGAUGAUAAAGGACCACAAAAAAUAUUACCAUCAAUAGAUGAUGAAUUGAUUCAAUGGUUUGAUCAACAUCUACCAAGAACAUGUUCAAUUUCAAGAAAUAAAACUCAAAGUUCUAUUAUUCACGUGUGGAUUCGUUGA